AUGGGCGCGCGCACGCACGCACGCGGGCGAGAAACCUGUUCUGCCUGUUGGGUGAGCGAGCGCGGCCGAGCGCCUUCUUGGUUAGCGCUCCCUCAGUCGGGGACGCGCGGCAGAGGGGCGGUGGGGGAGGGGAGCGAGAGCAUCUUUCUCUCACACGCGCGGCGGUAGCGGCGGCUCCAGCUCCUCCUUUGUUCGCCUCCACACACCCCACCUCGCCCGCUCUUAGAGAUACCGGGCCGCCCGGCUGGCGGGGGCCGGCACGGUAAGGGGUGGGGUCGGGGGGGGAUGUGGGGGCUGAGGGAGGGUUGACCGCGCACGCGCGUGGAUGGAUGGAUGGAUGAAUGGAUGAAAGAAAUGGACAGCUGUGUGAAGGAGGAGGGAGGGCGUCGUGAGGAGGGGGCCGCGGGGGGGGGAAGAUGACCUUCGGAGCGUCGUGUGUGGUCGGAGUGGGGGGGCGCCGUUAUUUCGCCUCACCUGCCGCGCGGGUGGGGGUGGGGGGGUCGGCGGAAUUGAGGGUAAGCGGAUAAAGGCGUGCGCCCGCGUCCCCGCCUCCUCCUCGCACACCCCCACCCGCAGCAUCCUUCCUUUCUUCAUGUUCCCCCCCCACCCUCCCGAAAGGACCCCCUCCUAGCAUUUCGCACCCCGAUCUCAGCAUCGAUUUUGGCGUGUUGUUUCAUAGAUAUAGUUAACGUCCUUUAAAAAAAAAUAAAAAUCAUUCAGGAUGGGGAUGUGGGGCAGUUUCCAGCCAUCCAGGUUUUUAAAUCCAUUCAUUCAUUCAUUCAUUCACUUCUUAUCACAUCUACAUUUUGUCCGCGCUUGACCUGCUUAAACCCGUCGACUUCCCCGGAGCUGUAAUAGGUAACUGUUAAAAAUCCGCCCCCCCCAAAGAGAAAUUCAUGUGGAUGGAUUUGCAACCGGUUUGGAAUAAAUAAUAUAUUGUGAUAUUGUGAAUGCAUUGACGGUCAGUUCUCCCCCACCGGUACAGUAUUAGCAACAUUUAAGUGUUACGUUAACAUUUCAGGAUAAUAGUUGAUAGGUAUGAUUUAUAUUGUACUAUGUAGCAGCCUAAAUGAGAAUAAAAAUUCUAUUAUGUUGGCAUUAUAUUAAAUCCACCCAUACACAACCGAAAACCAGUUCUAAUGGGCCUAAUAUUGGUCACCAGCAGCCCAGUAUUAUUCCCCACUCACCCUCCUGCACCCACCAGCCCAACACCUUCACUUGCCAUUCUUGCUUCCACUUCUAUAAUCCAGUGCCUCCUGCUUCAAGCCAACAUCUCCAGGGACAAUACUUAUUCUUCUUGUUGUUGUUAUUUAUUUGUACCCUGCCUUUUUCCCUGACAGGGACUCAAGGCAGCUUACACUUAACAUGGGGGGAACGAUAGAACCAUAGAAUAUUAGAGUUGGAAGGGACCCUGAGGGUUGUCUAGUCCACCCACCUGCAAUGCAGAAAUUUGCAGCUGUCCUAAUAAUUAAAAAGACGAUUAAACAGUAAUAGAAUUAAAACUAUAUAUAUAAAGCUCUCUCUCGAUAUAUGAUCUAUUAAAAACAUACAGAUAAUUACAAUAAAAGCAUCACAGCACCAGCCCUUUCAUUAAAAGCAGUCAGUUCCAGAAAGCUUGUUGGAACAAGAAAGUCUUCACCUGCUUGCAAAAGUACAGCAAGAAGGGAGCCAGUCUAACUUCUCUAGAGAGGGAGUUCCAAAGUCUGAGCAGCCACUGAGAAGGCCGAUCACUUGCUCCUCCACUUACCAUCAGCAGGUCUCUGUAGCAUCACUGUUUAUUCAGAGUAGAAGAAUAGCCAAUUUCUAAUGGAUCACCCAGUAUCGACUGGUUGCUGGGAUUGCUGUGAAUUGUGUUGGACUAGUGUGCCUUGGUCUGAGCCAGCCCUUAAACAAGUGUGCAUAUUCAGGAUUGCUUGAAACAUCUUUCAUUUAUGCUGUAACUGUUAAAAGGACCUGCAUGCAUAUACUCUUAUACAUAACAAGCCUAAGAGGAACAUGAGAAUUUUAGGUUUGCUUCUCAAAGUAGAGACCUUACAGGACUCUUUCCCGACCCUGUUGUGCACUAUAGCAAGCCUCUAGCUACCUCCUUCAUACACUUCCUUAUUCCCAAGGGCUGACAGAUGCAUCCCUCCAACAUGACCUUUUCUCCAGCUACCCCUAAUGCUACUACUCCUUCAUUAUUCCUUGUGGUUUCUUGUACAAUAGCAGUAUUUUCUCAUGUUUUUCCCACAAUUUUUGAAGGUAUUGGACAUGAUAUUUAGUAUUUUUAUUGAUUUUUUUAUGUAAACUGCCCUGAAUCUUUUGUGUGUGUGUGUGUGUGUGUGUGUGUGAGCGAGAGAGAGAAUGGUAAAUAAAUUUAUUAAAUAAAUGGGUGACCCAUCUCCAGGCUCGUAUAGCCAGCUAGGGAUGGAGGCUCUUUCUGUCCUGCCCUCCUAGUUCUCUUCACUCCUUUGCAUAUUCCUCCUCUUUUAUUCUUCUCCCUUUAUAGCUUGCUUGCCCCUUGUUUACUCUCCUCCAGUCCCCUCUGUCCUUUGGUUUUUCUGGAAGCCUUGAAUAAAAUAGGAAUGCCAUCAAGGCAGUGGAAUCUCUCUGUGGAGGUUCUUAGAGGUAUCUUUUCCUGUUCUCUUUUUUCUUGUUGUUUCUUUUUAAGCUGUUGUCUUAUUUUAUUGUGAAAAACUUCAUUUAAAAAAGAAAGAAAGAAAUGGCAUAAGCCUCCCUCAUGCUGGUUUAAUAUUCCUAUAAGUGCUGCUCAGAGUAAGUUCUCCAUUCCAGAGUCCAUUGCAAAUUGCAAAGUACUCAGUAUGUUUAUACAGUGUGUGAAUUUGUGUGACUAUCUGUCACUUUCUCUGUCUUGCGCUUCGAUUAUGACGGACUGAUGCUGCUUUCGGUCUCUCUGGACAUCCAACAUGUCAUGAGAAUGCCAUUCUUUGCCCUGCCAAAGUCCUUGUUAUGUGCAGUAAGCUAGGCUAUUUUCCACUGCACAGUGGAGCAAAAGGGAAGUUUGUGCUUUUCUUCUUUUGAUGACAGCAUGAUAGGUAUGACAGGCCCCUUACUCAGCUACAGCAUUUGCUUAGUCUGGCCACCUUAUGGAGCCAGCCAUUGACACAUCCAGCAUUUUCUCAAGGAACCUAGGAAAUUGAGCUCCACAUCCUUCUCUCUUCACAGAUGCACUCCCCUUCUGAACCAUGAACAUUCUUCCCGUUACUCCGGACUCUCCUCACAGACAGUGCCCUUUUCCUUUCAGCCUCUCCCACAUGCUCACUGCUCUUUCCCACCCUGCUUUAGUUGGGGAAAUUGCAUUUCUCUUACUGCUUGUGCCAUUCACCAACCCACCCACACCAUUUCCUUUGCUCCUUCAGUGUAUCUCCUUGCCACUUUACCCAAGGGUCACAGUUACCCAUUACCUUUUUGAAAUAUUUUCUUUGUCAACAGCCCAACCACUCUUUCACUCCUCUUUUUUUGGCAGAAUUCUGUAGAAAAUUGAAAUAUUUGCCUGGCUGAGAUAAUUGGGGCUCAGAAAUAAUACAUAAUAAUACUGAAUGCAUUCAUCCAUAGCACUGAUUCAUUGGUUUAGCUUUAUGAGGAGCGAGCCUUGUGUUUGCUUCCCUUCUCCAGUGCAGCUGUGAAGAGGCACUAAAAGCAUUUGCUCCCAUUUUGGACUAACUGUAGCUUGUGACAUCCAAACCCAGAAAUAUUGCAGUUAGUCUUAACUGUGCUUAGAUGUACAAGCCAAUGAUUUAUCAAGCUGCUUGUUUUUACUAGCCGUAGUUGACAUUAACUACAGUUUACAAUUCAUAUGUAAUUCUAUACCAUGGAAGCUUCCAAUCUUGCAGUCGUGCUGGAGGAGGGGUUAGUAAGCAAGUCCUAGGCUUGGUUCACCCUAUCCUUGUAACCUAAAACUGUGGUUUAGCAUUAGGUGUGAAGCAGGCCGUUGUAUAAACUGCAAAACAGAUGUCACAUGUACGUGGCUCCAGUGUUAGAAAUUCAGAUAUAUAAGCUAGGUGCCUAAUGGCUCCUUAAACCAAGUUUACAGUCACCAAAACAGAAUGUACAGUUGCCAUUUUUGGGCAAGACAGUUUUAAAGUAUGCAGCCUGGGAGUCAUUUUGGUCUCACGGCUCUCCAUGGAGGUGCAGGUCAAUUCUCUGUCCAGGGCAGCUGUCUACCAGCUCCAUCUGGUACGCUGUCUCAGAGUGAGACAUGCUCUGAUUAUCUGCUGCUUGGACUAUUGCAAUGCGCUCUACGUGGGGCUACCUUUGAAGAUGACCCGGAAACUACAAUUAAUCCAGAAUGCGGCAGCUAGACUGGUGACUGGGAGUGGCUGCCGAGACCAUGUAACACUGGUCCUGAAAGACCUGCAUUGGCUCCCAGUACGUUUCCGAGCACAAUUCAAAGUGUUGGUGCUGACCUUUAAAGCCCUAAACGGCCUCGGACCAGUAUACCUGAAGGAGCGUCUUCACCCCCAUCAUUCAACCCAGACACUGAGGUCCAGCUCUGAGGGCCUUCUGGCGGUUCCCUCCCUGUGAGAUUUGAGGUUACAGGGAACCAGGCAUAGGGCCUUCUUGGUAGUGACACCUGCCCUGUGGAACGCCUUCCCAACAGAUGUCAAGGAAAUAAACAACUAUAUGACUUUUAGAAGACAUCUCAAGGCAGCCCUGUUUAGGGAAUUUUUUAAUAUUUGAAGUUUUGUUCUGUUUUUAGUGUUCUGUUGGGAGCCGCCCAGAGUGGCUGGGGAAACCCAGCCAGAUGGGUGAGGUAAAAAUAAUGAAAUUAUUAUUAUAAUUAUUCAAAUGAUGGACUGACUGUGCUUGAUUUGUAGUUAAAUAUCUGGCUAGUUCAGAUGACAACCUUGAGCUAGGUUAAGAACUUUGAAAAUGUAAAGAAGAAAAGUCACUUGAUCCAGGGAUAGUCCACACAUAUAUUGGCCUAUUCCUACCUCUUUUUCUUAGUGGUGACUGCUCCUGCUCAGGCUGCACAAAAAGCAUUUUGGUUCCAGAAAUCCAAUCCAAUUGUGCAGAUAAAAUAUAACUGAUAGAAUUCUACAGGGUGGGGUAUAAGUGUGUGACAACAGUCCAGAUCCAAUGAUCCCCAGGGAUGCAGCUCCUGAUGGUGGAGAUGCCUAGGCAUCUUCACUUGGUCGCAAGUGGUUGAAAACCAGGUGCAAAAUGCGUCUGGCUAAUUUUGAACACUGCUUGGCACAUUUAGAAGAAUGAUAGCAGUGUUAGAAACUCAGAUAUAUAAGCUAAUCUUCAGAUGGCACCUUAAACUUACAGUUGCCACAAUGAAAUGUCUAGGCACCCUUUUUGCCGUGGAGUUUUAAGGGGGAAAAAUAUCAAAGCAGCUUACAACGUAUUAAAAUAUCAAAUGAAACAAUCCAGAAUAAAACAAAUUCAAGCUUCAAGGAAAAUAUUUCAGAUCCUCCUCUAAGUGACAUUUUGCUUUCCCCAUAUUUAUUUGCCUACUGAAUUUAGAUAGCUGACCCAUAAGAGAAGUACUCAAGCAAGCCAGUGGGGUUUAGUGGCUAGAGUGUCGGACUGUGAUCAAAUCCCCACUCAGUCAUGAAACUUUGCUGAGUGUUCUUAGGCCAGUUACAGCCUCUAAACCUACCUCAUAGGGUCAUUGUAGGGAUUAACUGAGGAGGCAAUGAACCAUGUACUAUACUACCUGGAGAAAAAGGUGGGAUAUAAAUGCAAUGAAUAAGCCCUCCUGCUUACCUGCUUAAGAAAGCUAGUGGAGCCAGUCAGAUAGAGAUGUCAGUUGCCACCCUGGCAUCCAGGCAUCUCCAUGUGGUCGUAAUUGGAUUCACACACCAGUCGCAAAAUGCUGCUGGCAAAUUUUGAGAACUUAAUUUGAUUUGAUUCUGGCAUUUAGUUCUCUUAUUUAUUUUAUUUAUAUUUUAAUGCUGUAUUAUUGUUUUAACUUGCAAUUUUGAGCUGCCUUGGGGGUCAUAUAAGGCUGAGAGGCAGAAUAUAAAUUAUCUGAUAAAUAAAUAUUUGAAUUUAGGCCUCCUUUGGUACAAGUGAAUAUGUUUAUGUCUUCCUUUUCAAAACUGUAACAAAAGCAUUACUCUUACUACAUUUAUGCAUAGUGCAGUGGAGGAGUGGGGAGCACGUUUUAUGGCAAUGGGCUUGUUUUAGUGUGUUGUAAACUGUUUUGAGUUUUUUUUUCUCUUUCAAAUAUAAAGUGGUCUAGAAAUGAAAUGAAUAAGAAGAAACUCCACCACGAAAAGGGACACCUAGACAUUCCAUUGUGGUGACUGUAACCUAGGUUUAAGGAGCCAUUUGGCGAUUAGCUUAUAUAUCGCAGGUGGAGAGGGACGUGGGUGGCGCUGUGGUCUAAACCACAGAGCCUAGGGCUUGCCGAUCAGAAGGUUGGCAGUUUGAAUCCCUGCGAUGGGGUAAGCUCCCGUUGCUCGGUUCCAGCUCCUGCCAACCUAGCAGUUCGAAAGCACGUCAAAGUGCAAGUAGAUAAAUAGGUACCGCUCCAGUGGGAAGGUAAACGGCGUUUCCGUGCAGUGCUCUGGUUUCGCCAGAAGCGGCUUAGUCAUGCUGGCCCACAUGACCCAGAAAAACUGUCUGUGGGCAAAAGUUGGCUCCCUCGGCCAGUAAAGCCAGAUGAGCGCCACAACCUCAUUCACCACUGGACUUAACUGUCAGGGGUCCCUUUACCUUUACGUUUUAUAUAUCUGAGUUUUUAACACGGACUCAAAUAUAACAGCAGGGAAGGGGCUUAAAUAAACCUAACAGCUUGUGUUAAAAAGGUGUGGGGGGGCCUAAGAGAGCUCCAAAAAGCUAACAGAUUUGUGAAAGUUCUGUUCUAGUUCUCACCCAUCUGAACCUCCAGUGACAAUGGCUCAUGAAUCUUUUAAAUAAAGUCGCAUGUUUACCAUAGAAAGCAUUCUAUUACUGUGUUAAGUGUUUAAGGACUGUCAUCCUAGAAACACAUAACUAGAAGUCCCAUUGAAUUCUUAAGUAUUCUUUUGAACUAUAGGUGAGGAUAUUAUGAUAUUUCUUUGUUUGUCAAAGCUGCAAGUUUUCCUUUAAACUAUGGAAAAAACUUGUCUUUAUAAAGGUUUAGUUGCCCGCAUCAAUAAAUGCAGUGCUGCCUUAGCAUCUUUUUUGCCACCAUCCUUUUGUCUCUCUCCCUCCGCCAACUUAAUAAAGGGAACAGCCUAAAGAAUUUUGUGCAAAUUUCCCCCACUGCUUCCCCUUGAAGCUUAGGUAAAGAUUAUCAUAGUCAAACAUCAUAAUUUAUUAUAGUUACCGUAUUUGUCGCCCUAUAGGACGCACCUAGUUUAUUGGGGGGGAAAUAAAGAAAAAAAAUUUAUUUCCCCCCCUGGCGCGGGGGAAGCCCGAGCUUCCCCCGACCCCAGCCCCCAGAACUGCCUGCUAUCCGCAAGCCUAGGGAGCCGCGCCGGUCUCCCCAGGCUUGCGGACAGCUGUGCGAAGCCCGGGCGCGCUGAAGAGGCUUCGAAAUGCAGGCAGCUCUGCGCAACCCUCCGGAGGCCGGCGCGGCUUGGCGCCGGGCUCCGGAGGGUUGUGCAGAGCUGUAUGGAGCCCGGGAGCGCAGGCAGCUCUCCGCGACCCUCCAGAGGCCGGCGCGGCUUGGCGCCAGGCUCCGGAGGGUCGUGCAGAGCUGCGCGGAGCCUGGGAGAGCAGGCAGCUCUGCGCGACCUUCCGGAGGCCGGCACGGCUUGGCGCCGGGCUCCGGAGGGUUGUGGAGAGCUUCCUGAAGCCUGGAGAGCGAGAGCCUCUUACUCUCCAGCCUUCAGCGAAAGCCUGUAUUCGCCCCAUAGGACGCACGCACAUUUCCCCUUCAUUUUUGGAGGGGGGAAAGUGCGUCCUAUAGGGCAAAAAAUACGGUAGCUACCAACUAGGAGUGCUUAUGAGCUUCAACUCCUGGUUAAAAGCAAUUCCUUAUUAGUGUUAGCAUCAGUGACCGUGUUACCUUUAAAAGCGAUAAAGGUCAAUGGAAAUAGUGAUUUAUUCAUGAGACUGGGAAGUGCGAGUGCAUAAUAUGGUUGCCUGUCUGAGAUCCAUUAACUGGUUUAAGGGAUCAUUCUCUCUUCACAUCAGUGUGGUGUAGUGGUUGAGAGCCAGUGUGGUGUAGUGGUUGAGAGCGGUAGUCUUGUAAUCUGGGGAACCGGGUUCGCGUCUCCGCUCCUCCACAUGCAGCUGCUGGGUGACCUUGGGCCAGUCACACUUCCUUGAAGUCUCUCAGUCCCACUCACCUCACAGAGUGUUUGUUGUGGGGGAGGAAGGGAAAGGAGAAUGUUAGCCGCUUUGAGACUCCUUAAAGGGAGUGAAAGGCGGGAUAUCAAAUCCAAACUCUUCUUCUUCUUCAUCAGUUAAAUCAUAGAGUUGGAAGAGGAUCCCAAGCGUCAGUUUAGCUCAACCCUUCUUGUGCAGGAAUCACAGCAAAAGAAUCACUGGCAGAUGGCAACCCAACAUCUGUUUAAAAAUGGUAGUCUGUUCCACUGUCAAAACAGCUCUUAUCAGGAAAUUAUCCCUAAUGUUUAGUCGGAGUCUCCUUUCCUGUCAUUUGAAUCCAUUGGUUCCUACCUUUUGGAGCGAUAGAAAACAAGUUUGCUCCAUCAUCCUUAUGACACACCUUCAGAUAUUUGAAGAUUGUAGUAUGUACUUCCUUCUCACGCAGAGUUAGAAACUCAGAUUUAUAAGCUAGGUGCCAGUCAUAGGUUACGGUCACUACAGCAGAAUGUCAAUUUGCCAGGGGGUUGGACUAGAUUACUCUUGUACCUUUCAACCCUACAAUUCUAUGAUCUCAACUACAUUGCUUGACUCUUACAGCAAUUCACUUAUCCCAGUAUGCAAGAAGAAGAAUCAUACACAAUGGAAAUUGUAUUAACUAUGAACAAAGCCAGAAAUCUCCAUUUAAUUGCAAUUGAACCCACACUAGUAGCAAAACGCGCCUGAGAAAUUUUGAAAACUGUUCUCAGAUGCUUUUCACCUGUCUAUUUAACUGUUUACCUUGAUAUUUUGUCACUGGGGCUGAGACUUUCCAUCACCUGUGGUUCCCCUCAUGCUUGUAGAGUUUGGCAUCCUUACAGGCUGUUUUUUUAUACCCCUGGCUAGCUUUUCUCCUUAGCAAACCCUAGCUUCAGAGUAACAAUUUUCUUCUGAACCACUGUGGGAGGAAAACAAAUUCUGCCUCCACACAUGUCCUGAUCCCAUUAAUCAUCAUCUCUGGCAACUAAUGCAAUGUACAUUUAAAAAAAAAUCCUACGAGUAGAUUUUAAAGGAAGGGUGGCUAACCUUUAACCAUUCAGAUGCUGCUGAACUGCAACAUUAUCCCUCACCAUUGUCUAUGCCAGGCAUACGGAGUUGUAGUCCCAAAACAUCUGGAGGGCCAAGUUUGGCCAUGCCUGGUCUAUGCUGACUGUGGAUGAUGGGAGUUGUAGUCCAACAACAUCUGGAGUACAACAGGUUAGCCACCCCUUACACACACAAUCAGAUGAGUGCUAUUUAUGAGAACCAGCAUUGUUCCAGCAUUUUAAGCAUUCCAUUUUAUCUUAUGUGUUUUCAGGAAGCCACAUGCAUAAAAAAUACCCUUACCACAUCCCUUGUGUUAACUUGGUCUUUGGUAAAGGUAAAGGGACCCCUGACCAUUAGGUCCAGUCGUGACCGACUCCGGGGUAGUGGCGCUCAUCUCGCUUUAUUGGCUGAGGGAGCCGGCGUACAGCUUCCGGGUCAUGUGGCCAGCAUGACUAAGCCGCUUCUGGCGAACCAGAGCAGCGCACGGAAAUGCCGUUUACCUUCCCGCCAGAGCGGUACCUGUUUAUCUGCUUUGCACUUUGACGUGCUUUCGAACUGCUAGGUUGGCAGGAGCAGGGACCAAGCAAUGGGAGCUUACCCCGUCGCAGGGAUUCGAAUCGUCGACCUUCUGAUCAGCAAGUCCUAGGCUCUGUGGUCUUUUGUAUGUCUCCCUAAAUGAGUACUGAAGAUAAUGAAGGGAUAGGUGGAUUUAAUGGGUGAUAUUGGUUCCCUUAAGUAGGAUUUUACUUGGGAUUACCUUAAUAAAUGCUUUUCAGUUGCCGGCGCAGCAACAGCAACCCCCACAAUAAUAUUAAAUUAUUAUUUUCAGGUGCAGGCACAUUAAUAUGCAUUAUUUAUUUCGAUUUAAGACCUCUCUUCAUCAGAGACCACAGGGUAAUGUAAGAAAUAAUAAUAACAUUUACUAAAUAAAUAAAUGAAUGAAAUUUAUUAGAGUGCCUGUUUCAAAAUAUAUCACAAAUGGUGUGUGUGUGUUUGGGGGUUGCUUUUCUUUUGUGCAAGUAUUUAAAUGUGUGAUUUGCCUAGACUGGAAUGCAGCAAUUCUUAGUGUUUGGCAUGAUCCUGGAAAGGCUUACUUACCUAUAUAUAACAUUUAUAUAUCAGGUCGCUGUGUUGAUUUUUUGGUAGGCAGCUGGUGUCUUUGAAAAGCUAGGGUGAUUUUAAACAGAAAAGUAAGUUCAGUUGUGGUUUUUUCAACAGCAUUGGAAUAGAUACUGACAAUUCAAAGAAAUUGCUCAUUGCCACGGUGGACAACUGCUAUGAGUUAACAAACAACCUGAAGUUCACAGGUAGGUGAACUUAAAGGAUAAAAAAAUCAUGUAUAUUUCAGCUGUUUUUAAAAAAUGAGAGACUUCGACAAAAUACAUUUCAGGGUUUUAUUUUGGGUAUAAUAUCCCCCCCUCCAAACUAAAAUGUUAAUCUAGAUAAAAACACUGAUCCAGAGGAAAAGAAGGGGGUGGAGAAAGGACGAAAAAAGAAAAAGAGGUAGAGAUUGAGAGAUUUUUUAAAAGUUGGCUUCUUUAGCCUUGUGCAGCCUCCCGCGGCUGGAGGGGCGCGCAAGGGUAAGGAGGAAGCCCGGGCAGCGAGGGGAUGGAUCGCGCUCGCUGCCCUGGCUUCCUCUUUAGCCUUGCGCAGCCUCCCCGCGGCUGGAGAGAUUGCGCAAGGCUUUUCUAGAGGAGGGAGAAGGGACUGACUGACCGUGUCAGUCCCUUCUCCCUCCUGGGGAAAAGCCCGCAAGAGCCGCACGAAGCUUGUGUGUGGCUCUUGGGGGCUUUUCCUGCCUGUCUUCCCCCCUGCAUUCGCUCCAUAGGACGCACAGACUUUUCCCCUUAGUUUUUAAGAUGGAAAAACUGCGUCCUAUGGUGCGAAAAAUACGGUACUUAACCUGAGGUACCACUGUACUGGGUGAUGAGAGAAGGAAGUGGAUUCUAGCCAGGAGCUGGUGUUAUCCUUCGUUCUGAUGUAACAAUAUCAAUUGAAUGGUAUCAGAUUGUAUCUUUUUUAGGAAACGGAAGACGCAAAAGCCAGCUGGUGUUUUGUACAUUAAUAACCUUAAUAGUAGGAUGCUGCUGUGCAGGCUUCGGGAAAUUGGAAGAAAGGACUUGUGGCACCGCGUGGGCAGGGCUUGCCUUUAGCCAGUAGCUCCUAGGAAUGGUGUCAGCUGGUGAGCUGCAAUUCAACUGGGGAGUGGCAGGGAGGCGAAUGGGGUAAGAGGUACAGCUGGCUGAAAACGCUACUGACAAAGACUACUAUGGGGAAGGCGAGGAGAGAAGGCCACACAUCUUUACUCAGCCAGGGGGAUGGGGAAAUGCCGAUAACACAGCUUCCUUCUGUGAAGAACAUGGAAGGACUGUCCAUGAACUAGUGAUAGGUCAGAGGCUUCUGAACAGGCUAUGCUGGGAGAAAUGGAAGGGGGGCUUUGGAAGCAAAUACAUGUACACCAGGAAAUAAAGCCUAUUUAUCUGCAUCAUGUUAACCUGGUUGAAAGAUUUCCUGUGAGCAUAAAGGCCCUGAUCCAUGGGUGGGGUGGAAGUAAGUCCCAGUCACUCCGGUUAUUCUCUCUUUUUUUUCCCCUAAGCACAAAUGGUGAUGUUUCCAGAGCAGCACAUAACUAUGUCAUGCUGUGAACCACUGAUCAUGUAUUUUUCCUCUGACAAUGAAACACAAAUGGUUUGGGGGCUUUGUUUCUCACUAAUAAUGAAUUAUCUUGCCCUAGGAUACUAUCUUGAACAACAUCGUUGA